CGGAAAAUGGGUGGGCGCUUGUGAAGUACGGUUCACGGACGUUGUCGCGAACUUUACCGGUGUGCAACUAUCCCCGUGGACCCUGUUCGUCUUUUUUGUUGCAGUCUUAGACCAUGGGCAGUGUGUUGGCUGCUGCCUCACCCAGUCCGGCCCCAGCUGGAGCUGGUGGUCCAGGGGUCCCGGGUUUGGUCUCUGUACCGCCCGGCUUCUCCAUGCCCCCAGUGUCUUCCGUCCUUCCAGGGUCCGACUCUGACCAGCAGAAAGCGGAUGCAGAUUCAUCACUCCAGAACCCUGGCACAUAUGAGGAGUGUCACAGGAAAUGUAAAGAGGUCUUCCCCAUGCAGAUGGAAGGGGUGAGGCUAGUAGUAAACAAGGGCUUAAGUAACCACUUCCAAGUCAGCCACACUGUUACUCUCAGCACCCUGGGCGAUUCUGGAUAUAGAUUUGGUUCUACAUAUGUUGGAAGUAAACAGACUGGACCAGCAGAGUCUUUUCCGGUCAUAGUUGGUGACAUGGACAACACUGGCAGUCUGAAUGCGCAGGUCAUCCACCAGCUCACAAGUGCUGUACGCUCCAAAAUAGCAAUGCAGACUCAGCAGCAUAAGUUUGUCAACUGGCAGUGUGACUUUGAGUAUCGCGGUCAAGAUUUCACCUCUGCGGUGACUCUUGGAAACCCGGAUGUACUUGUUGGAUCUGGCAUUGUGGUGGGCCACUAUCUCCAGUCAAUUACACCAGCACUGGUUCUAGGUGGAGAACUGGUUUAUCACAGGAGACCAGGGGAGGAGGGAACUGUAACAUCUUUCUUAGGGAGGUAUACAGGCGACAACUUUGUUGCAACUUUAACUUUGGGCGGUGCUGGAGCUCAUGCCACAUACUAUCACAAAGCCAACGACCAGUUGCAGGUAGGAGUUGAAUUUGAAGCCAGCACAAGGAUGCAAGACACCACAGCAUCCUUUGGUUAYCAGCUGGAYGUUCCCAAAGCUAAUUUGCUUUUUAAAGGAACAGUUGACAGUAAUUGGGUGGUUGGGGCAACCCUGGAAAAGAAACUAGUACCUCUUCCUCUUACCUUGGCUUUGGGGGCUUUUCUCAACCACCGCAAAAACAAGUUCCAGUGUGGCUUUGGGGUCACCAUUGGCUAAAGRUGCACAGGCUGCCUGGAACCAGCUUACAGACCACGGCUUGGACUGGCACAGAGACACCCAGGAACCUGAACUAUGUUUUAGGAAUUGGAUUCAAAGACUCUUUUACAACUGUGAUUUCUGGGGCAGAUGGGGAGGAAAAAAUGAGAACUACCAAGGAGCCAGGACUGGCCAAGCCAUGCCUACAUACUGUAGCACAAAUGUCUUUCCUGUGUGGUGUAUUGGAUAUUCUGAGAGGCUAGAAUGGUGUCUAUCAGAGAGCUGCAGGCGAUGCAUGAGAACAUGUGACGUGAAAAUUUAAGUGGUACAGUAAGACAUAAUAUAUCAUGUAUGGAUUGAAAUAAAUGUCAUUUCCUUUUGUACAACUUGAUGAGAUUUUUCAUUAAAAAACUGGACCUGG